AGUACCGCGCACGCGCAGUUCGCUGGGGGUUUGCGCGCACGGCGGUUACACAGGGCGUGGCUCUAAAUGCGCACGCGCGCACACGUACGUGUACGUACGUACACUACUAUAUAGUGUGCCGGAGAGAGGGGGAGGGGCUGGGAGAUAGAAGAUGUGCGAAGGCCGGGAAAACUUCAAAGUUGCCGUAAGGGUGAGGCCCAGACUUCCUAACGAAGUGCCAUCAGGAUUUUUACAGUGUGUGGAGGCGGAUCUUGUUCACAACACGGUCGUAGCUAACAAACCAAUUCUAAAGAAAGCGUCAUCGAGGAUAGGUAUCGACGAUUUUGGUGAAUUCGUACGACCAGAACCAAGCCAGACACAGAGUUUCACCUAUGACGUAGUCCUGGGCAAAGAUUCUUCUCAGCAAGACGUUUUUCUGAGGUGUGCCAGUGAUAUUGUCAAGUCAGUCAUAAAUGGGUACAAUGGAAGCAUCAUUGCCAGUGGGCAAACUAGUUCUGGAAAGACAUACACCAUUGCAGGUACCAAAGAGGAACCAGGAAUAAUUCCUAGAGCUGCGCAGAUCAUAUUUUCUCAAAUUGGAUCUUAUUCAAAUCCGGCUGGCCAGUAUCUUGUCCGCACAUCCUACCUUCAAAUUUACAAUGAAAAAAUAUCUGACCUGCUGGAACCCAGUAGAGAGAAUCUAAAAAUAAGAGAAGAUGGUUGUGGCGGAGUCUUUGUUGAAACCCUGUCCGAACAUGUUGUUCGAGAUGCAGAAGAGAUUAUGGCGUUGAUCAAACGUGGUACUCGUCUCAGAGCAACCAAUGUAACUAGGAUGAACAAGGAAAGCAGUCGGAGCCAUGCUGUGUUUACCAUCAUUAUUGAGCAUGGCAAAGAUGACGGGCAUGGUGGGAUGGCUGUAACUAUUGGAAAGUUGAGACUAGUUGAUCUUGCUGGAUCUGAAAGACUUGAUGUAGAUGCUGAGAGUAAACUGCAGGAAGAGACAAAAAAUAUCAAUGUAUCUCUUCACAACUUUACAAAGGUUGUUACAGCAUUAACAACACCAGGUGUGAAGUAUAUUCCAUAUCGGGACUCAAAACUAACACGCAUAUUGCAAGACUGUCUAGGUGGAAACUGCAAAACUACCAUGAUUGCUACAAUAGCACCAACAUCUGAGUGCUACAUUGAGACAAUCAAUACACUCAAGUUUGCCAAACGGGCCAAAAACAUCAGAAAUAUUGCACAAGUUAACGAGGACAUGUCAGAAAAGGCACUAAUAUCUUCUUAUCAGUCAGAAAUCAAGAGAUUAAAACUUCAGCUACAAGAAAGGAGCAGUGGGACUGAUAUUGACUAUAUCAAACUCUUACAAGAGCGACAAGAAGAGCAAAGAGAAAAGGAGGAGGUAAAAACAAAGUUAGAGAUGCAACAAAAAUUAGCCGAUGAAGCACAAGCUGAGAAGACAAAAUUGAUUUCCAGAAUAAGAGAGUUAGAAGACAAAUUCUUUCGUGGAGGUAGUAAGGCAGUUAUGGACACAGAAGAAUUUAAAGAGGCAAUUUUAAAGGAACAACAGCGUGUCAAGCAAGAAACAGCAAGCCAAUACCAAAGAAAAUUUGCCGAACUAGAAAAGGAAAAGGAGAGGGCAUCAUGGCGAUUUACUAAUUUGAGACACCACUGCUCUUGGGCUGACUCAAAGACACAUUGCACAACUGAGUGUGAGAAGCUAGACUUUCAGAAAAGAUUUGAAAGCCCUACAAAAAACAAGUAAGUUUUGUGUAUGGUAAUUGAAUCAGGCAGUUUUUGCUCUAUGGUAGGCUACGUACCUGUAUGGCAGGAAACUCACAAUG